CCAAGGCGGCCAGUCGAGGUCCGCUCACGGAUCAGAUAAACCAUCGGCCCGGAUCCAGCUCUCACAGGUCUACCGUCGCAGGUUUCAGUCCAGCAAACAAAUGGUCCAAUCAACAGCCAUCGGACAGACACUGCCAUAGGAGGGAUAUCAGUAACACGCUAAUACACCUGAGACACACACACACACACACACACACACAUACACACACACACACACACGCACACGCUCACGCCCACGGGCCAAUGGCGCUGGAGAACUCGGUGUUGCCCGCCCGGCCGGACUCCGUCUCGCUCCCCGUGGAGGAGAAGGUGGAGGGGGAGGAGGUGGAGGCGGCCGCCGACUCCUCCGCCGCCGCGCCGCAGUCGCCGCCCUUGGUCAAGGUCAAGAGGUCGUUCCAGGCCAAGCUGGCGGAGCGCGAGGCCCAGGCCAACGAGCCCCGGCGGAAGACCGCCGAGGUGGAGAAGGAGCAGGAGAGGGGCAGAUUCGGGUGGGGCCGGACCCGGCGUAAGAGGCAGCGCUACGUGGAGAAGAACGGCCACUGCAACGUGCAGCACGGCAACAUGCGCGAGACCUACCGCUACCUGACGGACAUCUUCACCACGCUGGUGGACCUCAACUGGCGCUGCUCGCUCUUCGUCUUCGUCAUGGCCUACGCCGUCACGUGGCUCUUCUUCGGCGCCAUCUGGUACCUCAUCGCCUACUGCCGGGGCGAUCUGGACCACCUGGGCGACGACACGUGGACGCCGUGCGUCAACAACGUCAACGGCUUCAUCUCGGCCUUCCUGUUCUCCAUCGAGACGGAGACCACCAUCGGCUACGGCCACCGCGUCAUCACGGACCAGUGUCCGGUGGGCACCAUGCUGCUGCUGCUGCAGGCCAUCCUGGGCUCCAUGGUCAACGCCUUCAUGGUGGGCUGCAUGUUCGUGAAGAUCUCUCAGCCCAACAAGCGGGCGGAGACGCUGGUGUUCUCCCACCACGCCGUGAUCUCUCUGCGUGACGACCGCCUGUGUCUGAUGUUCCGCGUGGGCGACCUGCGCAGCUCGCACAUCGUGGGCGCCAACAUGAGGGCCAAGCUCAUCAAGUCCAAGCAGACGCAGGAGGGUGAGUUCAUCCCUCUGGACCAGACGGACAUCAGCGUGGGCUUCGAGACGGGGGACGACCGUCUCUUCCUGGUGUCUCCGCUGGUGAUCUCCCACGAGAUCGACUCCCAGUCGCCCUUCUGGGACAUGUCUCAGGUGCAGCUGGAGAAGGAGGACUUCGAGAUCGUGGUCAUCCUGGAGGGGAUGGUGGAGGCCACCGGCAUGACGUGCCAGGCGAGGAGCUCCUACCUGGCGGAGGAGGUGAUGUGGGGUUACCGGUUCAGCCCCAUGAUGCUGCUGGCGAAGGGCUUCUUCGACAUCGACUACGGAGCCUUCCACCACACCAUUGAGGUGGACACGCCCUCCUGCUCGGCCCGAGAUCUCUCAUUGGCCGCCGCCAGACUGGACGCUCACCUCUACUGGUCCAUCUCCAGCCGGCUGGACGAGGAGCCCACGCUGACCAAUCAGGAGGCCGAGCGGCCGGACAGCGGAGGAGGAGGAGGAGGGGAGGCGACCUUCGUCGUGGGCGAGAUGACGGACAUCCAGGAGCAGACGGGAUUGGGCGAGCUGAACAGCGGCGUUGCCACCGACCAAUCAGAGUCCGAGGCCUAGAACAGACAAUACAAGGAUCUCUGGUUCCUCCAUUAGGCCCGCGAGUCUCUUUCUUUAGCGUCUUUAGAGUCCUUUGGUACCUCGU